ACAUAUAUCCUCUGGUAUAUGAUGUGCUUUCGCAUAUGGUAUAAAUAAUCAUAGUGGGUCGCCAUUGAAGCUUUUAACGAACCCCUUUUAUUGCAUGUAAUGCACAGACACACCAACAGAGGGCAGUAAUAUCCCUUCAACAUACAUUGUAAAAUUACUAUUACAACAAUCCCACUUAAUUUUACCAUGGAGUUCACUUACUUGACUGCCAUUGCUUAUUUCUUUCAAAAAAAAUAUGCACCUAUAUCACAGUGUUACUAGAAAAUAAACAUUUUCUCUUUUGUUUUGAACUCACACAAAAAAGUACUAUGUUAAUCUUAGACAAAACUAUUAUUCUUCAUUACAGUUAAAUGCUCGCCAUCUUAACAUAAGCAUAGUAUAGGCAUGUUAAGUAUAUGAUAACCCUUUUAAACUGAACACAGUCCAAUCUUCCCUCUGAGAUACUCAAACUUUUGUCUAGGCAGUGGUUUGGUUACCAAACUCCUUCUUGUGCAGCUUGGCUCAAAGCAAUAUACUCAGCCUCUGCAGUUGAAAGUGCAACAGUUGCUUGUUUCUUGCUAAGCCAACUAACGGCACCUCCUGCAAGUAGAAAGAUGUUUCCAGUUGUAGAACGUCGAUCAUCCUGAUCACCUGCCCAAUCAGCAGCUGAAUACCCAACCAAGGUUCCUGUUUCUGUUCUUUGAUAUUUGAGUCCCAGGUUUAGCGUUCCUUUCAAAUAUCUCAGGAUUCUUUUCACAGCUGUAAGGUGUGUAGUGUUUGGGUUUGCAUUGAAUCUUGACACCACACUCACUGCUUGCGCUAUAUCUGGUCAUGUGGCCAUGGCAGCAUACAAUAAACUUCCAACCAUUGACUGAUACAUGCUUGGGUUUGCAGGUUUACUGACAUCAUCACUCUUUCUUAAUUUGACAUUUGUGUCAGCUGGAGUUGCUACUGGAUUGGCACUGUCCACUUCAUACUUUUGUAGUAUGUUUUCAAUAUACUGUCUCUGUUGAAGCACAACAUGGUUUUUGGCCUUGUCUUGGACCACUGAGAUGCCCAGAAUGUAGGAUAGCUCACCCAUGUCCUUCAUUUUGUAGUGUUUCUUCAGAGUGUCCUUUAAGUUCUUCAUGCUCUCUGCUGAUUCUGUAAUCAAAAUCAGAUCAUCACCAUACACAGCCAAUAUUUCCAACUCCUGACCUGUUCUAACAAACACACACUGAUCUGAAGUACUCUGUGUAAAACCAAUGCUUUUCAUGAACUCUGUAAAAGCUUUGCUCCAGCAACGUGGAGACUGCUUCAGUCCCUAUAUUGACUUGUUUAGUUUGCACACUUGAUGUUCCUGCCCAGGUUUGAUGUAACCCUCUGGCUGCUCCAUGUAGAUUUCCUCUUCCAGGUGUCCAUUCAAGAAUGCAGUCACAACAUCCAUUUGAUGCACAUUUAGAUUGUUUUGCACAGCAAAUGACAACAAUGUACGAAUUGAACCAAAUCGUACAACUGGAGAGAAUGUUUCAUCAUAGUCUGCACCAUAAAUCUGUGAAUAGCCUUUGGCAACAAGUCUGCACUUGUAUCUUUCCACUUGUCCAUCACUGUGAUGCUUAACUUUAAAGACCCAUUUUGAUCCAACUGCUUUGCGAUCCUUUGGUAGCUCCACUAAAUCCCAUGUGCCAUUUUCCAGCAGUGACUCAUAUUCCAAAUCAGCUGCUUCUUUCCACUCCUUUGCAUUUGGACUUGACAUAGCCUCUUCCAGUGUAUUUGGUUCUGUGACACAACAGAUGUUCGCAUAAUGAUUGUUGGAGCCAAGUCCAGGCCAAUAUUUUACUCAGUUACAUCAUGCCAUAUUUAAGUAUUUGUCAUGAUCUUUAAGUUUCUAUUAUAAUCUUGAUCAUUUUAUGUUAUAAUGUAAUAGGCUGUGCUCCAUAAAUUAAUCCUGCUUUGUUAGUCUGUUGUUGUUGUAAAGUGUUGAUAGAUGUCGUAAAGGGGGUGUAUAUUUGGCCCGCAUGCGGAGGGGUGUGGGUAAAAGGUUAGGUAAGCAAGCAGGACGUGGAGCAACAGUUUUCUGACCGUCGCCGUUUUAAUGUUAUAUUUUUUGUAACAUAAAGGGAAUGUAAACGGAGCUCCCACCAGAGGUAUUUGUUUUGUACCUUUCGAUUUGUAUGGAGAAUAAAUGUUUUGCCCCUUUUUUCCUUCGCCUCGUUUUUGCUACCGGAAGGCAUCCAAGCGACUUAACAAGAGCACGAGUCAGAAACUUUACGUCCUGCAGAAGCGGCAAAGAAGGACCGAAGGUUGCCGCUACAAUGAUCAACUGUAGCUACAUCAACAAACUCCUCUAAUCCACAUCUCUUUGGAGGUCUUCUGAUCCGCUGAUCUCCUUUUACAGCCUCACUGGCAUUGAUGCAUCAAUUGAUGUAUAAUUUUGAAUGCAUAUGUGCAGUAGACAUAAUCAGGUGACCUCAAUAAGUCACAUGGUGAGCUAUGGAGAUGACAUCAAAAGUUCACAUGAUGACCUAUCGAGGUCACCUCACCCAAUAACCUCUGCUGAUAAUGACCCAUGCCUUUUUUCACACCUUGCUUGUAUAUCUUGUAUAUCUGUAUUGAUACAGACUAAGGAGGAAUAAUGCUUUAUAAAUGAAUGAAGCACUUACUAAUACUUUACUAAUGCCCAAUAGCGUGUCAUUAUUAUUAAGUGUUACCACUGAUUUUAAAUGAUUUGUCAUUGUGACUAAGCUGUCCAGUUAGAACGAAGAAUGGCAAUCACCUCUAAACAGGCUAACCUUUGAUCUCCAUAAAGGUUAUGCAAGGCAGAGUAAAAUGCUGCUUCACUGACUGUCAGUGUUGACUAGCAGCAGUGUGUCUCCCUUGUUCUCCACACAGAGAACAAAAUGAAGAAAAAAUAUUCUCUGGAGGAGAAUGGCACUCGAAGACUCUCCUUUGCAGACGAUGGUGUCCAGUGGCGAACUGGAUCUGAGAUCAUCAAUCCAGAUGAUCCUUGUGUGCACAGCUGUGAAAGGGAUCACCCUUCCUCAUUUAGAAAAUAUCAGCAGAGCUUGCAGAUGCUCAAGCCCUUGCGUUUUUCCUCACCACAGCCCCACCCUGUGGACAAUGCAGGUUUCCUGUCCUUCAUGACUUUUGCCUGGAUGACCCCCUUGAUGUGGUCCAUUUUUAGGAAUAAGCUGGACAUCUCCGAGCUAAAGUUGUCUCCUUUUGAUAUUGCUGACACCAGUGCACAAAGGUUUCAGAGACUCUGGGAUGAAGAAGUGGCAAAGAGGGGUCUGGAAAAAGCCUCACUGGUUCGUGUGGCCUUUCACUUUCAACGAACCAGGCUGAUUGUUUCUGUCAUUAUUGGUAUUCUUGCCAUGGUUUCAGCAUUUUUGGGCCCGGCUGUACUGAUCAACAUGAUCUUGAAUUAUAUUGAAAACCCAGAGGAGUCCGUGUCCAACACAGUGUCCUAUGGUGUUGGUUUGUCCAUUGGUCUGUUCACCACAGAAUGUUGCAAAGCUCUCCUAAUAUCCUUGCUGUGGGCAAUAAACCUGCGCACAGCAGUGAGACUGAAAGGGGCUUUCUCUACAGUGGCUUUUCAGAAAAUCAUAUCGCUGCGGGUAUACAGCGGUGUUUCAAUGGGAGAGAUGAUUAACAUUUUGACCAGUGAUGGCCAGAGAAUGUUCGAGGCUGUAGUGCUUGGGAGCUUUGUGCUGUCUAGCACAGUGCUCUAUGUUUUGUGUAUUGUCUACACAUGCUACAUCCUGGGCUACACCGCACUGACUGGAAUCUUCACAUACUUGAUUUUUGUCCCUGUACAGAUUUUCUUGGCCAAACUCAUAAAUAAAUUCAGAUGGAAGUCCUUAUUGAUAACCGACAGCAGAGUUCGCACGAUGAAUGAGAUUCUCAACAGUAUAAAGCUAAUCAAGAUGUACGCGUGGGAAGAUUCUUUUGAGAAGACGAUUACAGGCUUAAGGAAAAAUGAAAAGAAACAACUACAGAAGGUCAGUUAUGUCCAGACUAUUAAUAUAAGCAUCGCCAACAUCCUACCCUCCAUUGCCACUAUCCUCACCUUUCUGGUUCACACUUUGUUGGGGUUACCUCUCAGCACUUCUGAUGCUUUUACCACAAUUGGCAUCUUCAACUGCAUGAGGUUCUCCCUCGUUGUCCUGCCCCCGUCUGUGAAGGCCACAGCUGAGGCUGUUGUAGCACUAAAACGAUUAAGGAAAAUUUUGCUGAUCCAGAAUCCUGAGCCCUACCUGAUGAAAAAGGUAGAUAAUGACUCGGCUAUAGUGAUGAAAAAUGCUACAUUUUCCUGGACCAGACCUGAAAGCCAGUCUUCCCCCCCACCCAGCACAGCCAACGGAGUGUCAGAACACAAGACAGCUGAGACUGAAUCCUCAUCAGCAUUGAAAAACAUCUCCUUCACACUGCCUAAGGGCAACCUGCUCGGUGUCUGUGGGAAUGUGGGGAGUGGAAAGACAUCACUGAUUUCCAGCAUUUUGGAACAGAUGCACCUUCUUCGGGGCUCCAUCACAGCCGAUGGGACAUUUGCUUACGUCUCCCAGCAGGCCUGGAUUUUUCACGGAACUGUUCAAGAAAAUAUCCUCAUGGGGGAACCGUUUGACCAAACCAAGUAAUUGAUAAUUUAACAUAAAUCAGCGCUUGUCACUAUUUUUGAGUAGCUAAGACUUGAAUAUGAAAAGAACAGGUAUUAUUAUAAAAUAAGGAGAUUUCAUUUGAGGCAAUAUGAUUUUAAUUACUGCACCAACCAAGACUAUGAAAAUGAGGGCAAGCGUUUUAGAUUUGACUAUAUAUUCCCUGUGACUUUACCUUACAUGAAAAAUGUUUAACUAGGAGAAAGUUCAUCUUAUCUUUGUGAAUUUGCAUCUGAUAAGAAUGUAAUAAAGGUGGAGGUCAUCUUCAUUAUCUGACAGGGUUACAAUAGGAAGUAGGGAUGCACCGAUACCACUUUUUUGGAAAACGAGUACGAGUACUUGCAUUUCAGUACUCGCCGAUACCGAUACAGAGUACUUA